GUUGCCUGUGUUGAUGGCAGCAUCAAAUUCGUCACCAUGGAUGGCUAUGGUCACCGGCCGGGCAAUGAAUUAUCAUUGACCGCCUGGACACUGUCGGCAGACCUCUGUCAUUGGAAUAAAGUCAAUGAGUGCUUUGUGAGGGACAUCUGGGAAAGCAACAACUACCUCCAGUCGGGCUUGCCAAAGAUCUUGCCGUUGUUCCCAGUGCUGAGCAUGAACGAAGAUGAUGUUGUCUACCUAGUCGUCACUCGUCGGAAAGUGGUUGCUUGUCAAGUGGAGUACAUGGGCCAGUAUUUGCUUAGGGUUGACAUGCAGCAUCACAAAGUCUCCUUCUGCCCACAAAAUGCAGAACAGAUACGUUCCCAACCCUUCGCCAGCCAGUGCAGUGCAUACGUAAGCGCUUACCACAAGGGAAAGGUGAAAGCAAGAAAGGUGGAGGCAUGCAAGGAUAAAGAGUUGAUCUGGUGCACCUAAUCGUAGACUAGCCGUAA